UUGCCAAUAUUUUCGCUAUUCCAUAUAGAAGUUUCUUAGUAAAAUGUGGAUCGACUCUGAGUACCCCCAUUGGUAAACAUAAUAUGACUUCCUAGAAAGCGUGCAACAACAAAAAAUGCAGGUUUUCAACUAAAAAGGUAAGACUUUGAUAGCUAACAUACUAAAAAAAUAUUUGGUUUUGCAAGGUCAAAAUAGUAUUAUUAGACUCUUUAUCAUGAAUAUACAAUUCAUAAAUUUCCACAAACAUAUUUUACCUACAAAAAAAGUAGCGAUCAAAGAAACAUGUUGGAGGUUGUCUCAAUAUAUAUAUGAAAUGUGUCAAUCAUAGCUAUACAUAUUUCUACUAACAUAUUAUAAAAACUGUGUCUAUCACAGCUUACCACAAAACUUGUUAAGGCUCCCUAAGGUUUUAAUCCUAGGGGGGAUUAGAAGUAGUCAAUGGUCAAUGAGCGAAAUGAGAAUGUGUUAACAAUUUCAGGAAAAGGAACAAAACAUAAACUAAUUAAUUUGGUCGACGAAAAACCACAAACAAUUGUCAUUACCACUAUUAUGAUCCGUGUAUUUUUUGGCUCUAUCUCUGUUACUCCUUCCGGCCAGUUGCUAAAUGUUUCAUUUUGCACAUCAACACGACAUUCAAAACACAGCAAACCUUGACCACUAGUUUAUGUUUUGGUAUAUUUAUAAUACCUAGUAAAAUCAUACAAUAUGAGAGCACUUUUUGCAACAAAAUUACAGAUUAUAUUUAUGCGCAUACCGGAGAAAAUGAAUGACAAUGCAUUACUUUUUCAGGUACAAGCGUCAUUAUUGGACUUGCUAGUGGGGCGGGCCUCAUACUUUUGGUCCUCAUUGCAUACUAUAUUUCCUACAAAUUUAAGCUUCAAAGGGCACAAAUGUUGAAACGGAAGUAUUUCGAGCAAAACUGUGGGCAGUUGUUGCAAUAGUUGGUAUCUCAAAGAGCUGAUAUUGCAGAGAGAAUGAUCAUAACCUUGGAAGAGUUGAAGAAGGCAACAAAUAAUUUUGAUAAAGCUCGUGAACUUGGUGGUGGUGGGCAUGGUACGGUCUAUAAAGGGAUUUUAUCGGACCUCCACGUCGUAGCCAUCAAGAAACCAAAGAUGGUUGUUCAAAGGGAGAUUGAUGAGUUUAUUAAUGAGGUUGCUAUCCUAUCACAAAUCAACCAUAGGAAUGUAGUAAAACUAUACGGCUGCUGCCUUGAAACAGAAGUCCCAUUGUUGGUCUACGAGUUCAUAUCCAAUGGAAUUCUUUAUGAUCAUCUUCAUGUUGAAGGACCAAGAUCAUUGUCAUGGCAUGAUAGGCUAUGGAUAGCAACUGAAACUGCCAAAUCUCUUGCGCAUCUUCACUCAACGGCUUUAGUGCCAAUCAUCCAUAGAGAUAUCAAGCCUGCUAACAUACUUUUGGAUGAUACUCUAACAGCAAAGGUGGCAGACUUUGGCGCUUCAAGGUACAUUUCUUUGGACAAAUCAGGGCUCACAACAAUGGUGCAAGGUACGCUAGGAUAUCUCGACCCAAUGUACAUGCACACAUGGCGCCUCACAGAGAAAAGUGAUGUUUAUAGCUUUGGUGUUAUGCUUAUAGAGUUAAUGACCAGAAAGAAACCAUUUACCUAUAUGGCUUCCGAAGGCAAUGGUCUUGUGGCACAUUUUGCAACCUUAUUUGCAGAAGGGAAUUUGUCGGAGAUAUUAGAUCCACAAGUUAUGAGUGAAGGUGGCAACAGAAUUGAUGAAAUCGCUGCAAUUGCAGUAGCAUGUGUUAAGUUAAGAGGGGAGGAACGGCCAACCAUGAGACAAAUGGAGUUGAGACUGGAAGCUGCUCAAUCACCUGAGGAAUUUGAGGCAAAUGGUGAUAUUGUAGCAAAUUCUCCAUUAGCAUGCGGAGCGGGAUUGACUAGCAGGCAGUAUAGUAUGGAAGAUGAGUACGCGUUGUCUGCAAGAUAUCCACGGUAG